AUGUUUAUUAUAAAUUAAUAAUAAAUAUAUACCUCAACAGCCAAUUAUUUCAUUUCAUUCUGUUGUAUUAUAAGUAGAGGAAGAAAACAGAGUUACAUACAGUACAUUCGAAUUAGGAAUUCACAGAGUAAAACAAAAACACCAAAGGCAAAAGACUUGUUUCCCCUCAACUAAAAAAAUGGCUUCCAUCCCUUCCAUCAGUCAGUUCCCCUGUAAAUCUCUCCAAACCGGCUCCCACCGCCACUCCAAAUUGAGCCCUAGAAACGCCGUUAACCUCGUUAACGGCAUCAAUUUUCCCGCCAUUUCCGUAAGAAGAUCGGCGGAGGCGGCGAAGCAGGUUUUCACUGCUCGCGCGGCGGGGGGAGAAGACGAGUUCUGCGAGCCCGAUCUGGCUGGAGUGGCGGUUCUGAUUGAGCCGCCGCCGCCGCCGGCGAAGAAGCUGACCGAAAUUGAUGUGCUGAAGAAGCAGCUGUUGGAUUCAUUGUACGGCACCACCAGGGGGCUCUUCGCCAGCAGCGAAACUAGGGCGGAGAUUUUGGAGCUGAUCACCCAAUUGGAGUGCAAGAACCCUACUCCGGCUCCGACUGAGGCUCUCACCUUGCUCAACGGCAAAUGGAUCCUUGUUUACACAUCACAUGUGAAUUUGUUUUCUCUGUCAACCACGGUUGGAGCUCUGCCAUUGGUUAAGGUCGAAGAGAUUUCGCAGACGAUCGACUCCGAAAGUUUCACCGUCCAAAGUUCGGUACUCUUCUCCGGACCACUUUCAACCACUGCCAUUAGCACCAACUCCAAAUUCGAAGUUCGAACUCCCAAACGCGUGCAGAUUAAGAUUGAAGAGGGUAUUAUAGGAACACCACAGUUGAUAUAUUCGGUUGUACUUCCCGAAAACGUGGAGUUAUUCGGACAGAAUAUCGAUCUUACACCAUUCAAAGAAUUGUUCACUUCUGUUCAAGAAACAGCUUCCUCUGUAGCCACCACCAUUUCCAGCCAACCACCAUUGAAGUUCUCCAUCUCGCAUAAAGACGCAGAAUCGUGGCUCCUUACAACGUACCUCGAUGAAGAGCUUCGUAUUUCCAGAGAAGAUGGCGGGGGUAUAUUCGUCCUCAUCAAAGAAGGCAGCCCCCUUUUGACCCCCUAGACAUAUUAUUAUUACUCAUCCAUGUUUUUCCAUAAGAUUUUUUUUUUCGAUCCAUUCUUGCUACAGUUGUGUUAUUUAUUUGUUGAUUCCAUGAAGUUUUAAAUAUAUUCAGACAUUAUAUGAAUGGAGUGUUUAUAAUAUGUUUAAAAAUGUAAAAAUAAAUCGGUACAUACUUGGUGGAAUACCUCGAGUAUAAUGCAUCGGAACUCGUUAGAGUUCAUGGCCGUGAUGUAA